UCCUCUCUUCCCUCUGCCACAUUCCUAUCUUUGUUUCACCAUAACAUGCCCACACUGAUACCCACCCAACUUGUUCUUUUAAUUUUCUUCUACUCAUGACUUCCAAAUCUCACCGUCACCGCCACCGCCUCUCCACCUGUCACCGUCACCCCACCAUUCCCAUCACCGGCUUCUGCGCCUCCUGCCUCCGCGAACGCCUCGCCGGAAUCGACUCUCAUGAUGACUCCACUCCCCCGCCUGACCUCCGCCGCACCAAAUCUUGCUCCGGCAGAGGCGACCCUUCCGUUGCCUCCGCAUCCGAGCCCCGCCGCCGCUCCUGCGAGGUCCGACCUCGGAACACGCUUUCGGAUCUCUUCAGCCUCGACGACGAGAGGAAAAGCCGUAACCGGAAGCUGAAUCUUGAUGUGGAAACCGGGGAGGAAGAGGUGGAGCACGUUAAUGAGAACGAAGCAGCGGUUAGGGUUUGUGAGGGAAUGGACGAAGUGGAUGAAGAAGAAACGAAGACGAUGAGGGAGUUCAUAGAUCUCGAGUUGCAGAGUAAGAAAAAUGCAGGGAGAGACUUGAGGAGUACUAUUUGUGAAGCAGCUACUGUUUUCAGCGAGAAAUUCAGGAAAUGGAAACGGAAACACAAGUUGAAGAACAACCGUCACGGUUACGUUAACGGAAGUGUUGAGAAGCCGGAAGCGAGGUCAUUGAGGGAGACUCAAUCUGAGAUUGGGAGAAGAUCUUGUGAUACUGAUCCAAGGUUUUCGAUGGAGAUUGAUUCAUGUAGAAUCUCAGUGGAUUGUCCUCGAGCUUCUUGGGAUGGAUGUUUGAUUGGUAAAGCAUGUGCUAGCCUUUCCCCUAUGGUUUCAGUUCUGGAGGAUGCCACUGAUGAUAGGGUUUUGGUUGAAGAGAGUAAUAGUAAUAAUGUGGGUUUGGAAAAUGCACAAGAGCAUAGAUCUAUUAGCCCUGGUGGAUCAUCUCAGACCAAAGAUUACUAUUCGGAUUCUCUGUCUUGGCAGAGGCGUAGGAGAAGUUUUGAUAUUGAUAGAUCAAAUCCUCAUAGGAGACAAUCUAUUGGAGAGGUUGAUGAAUUGAAAAUGAUAUCUAAUGCAAAGGUGUCUCCUGCCACCACAGAGUUGUUCUAUGGGGCGAAGUUGCUGAUUACUGAGAAUGAUUUUAGGGAUAGUGAUAUGAAACCUUCAAGUGAUGUUCAGUCUGAUUGUGUGCUGGGAUCUUCUUCCAAGGUUGCUUCUGGUGUUGCCAAUGGGGUUACUCAAAAGGGUUUCAAGAAGUUACAAAAGUGGCGCAUAGUGUUGAAUAAGUUGGGUUUAGUACAGAGAAGGGAAGAUAAGUUUGGAGAAGAAGAGUCUUGGCAAAAGCUGAGGAGGGUAGUUAAUGUACAAGCAAGCGAGUCUGUUAGCCAGAAGCUUAUUCGUAGCUAUAGUGUUAGCUGUAGAAACCCUUGUAGGAUGGCAGGUUUGGUCAACGGCUUGGGGGCUCCUGAGACCAAAGAAAAUGUUUUGAAUGGAAGACAAGAUUUUAUGCUUCAAAGGAACCGGAGUUUUAGGUAUUCACCAAAUAAGCUUGACACUGGCUUGUUAAGGUUCUAUUUGACACCGUUGAAGAGCUAUAGAAGAAGCAAGUCUGGAAAGAGUAGCUUUAAGGAUUUGCAUCCAAUAGCCAGAAGUGUCUUGUAAAGCUGUAUUAACUGUUGAAAGUAUAUCUGGUUGUAAAAACAUAUAUAAAUGUAAUUGCUGUUGUCCAUGAGAUGCAGUACAUCACGUUGUCUGAUU